ACAUUGCAUGGAGGAAGCUUAAGGAACCCAGGCAUCCAGUCUUCUACUCAAGUUCAAAGUUCUUCCCAAGAACAAAUCUUGGCCACAGCUGGGACUCAGGCAUCCUAUUUUCCAACAACGAGACAGAUCAAGAUGCAGAAAGGAAACAUUCUCCUUAAGUGUUGGUUACUACUGCAUCUCCUACUUUUAGAAACUGCAGGUGCAACAUCCACUGAGUUUAGCACACCAGGCAAUACUGAAACCAGAAUAACCUCUAAUGGGACCAGUACAAUCUCCAACACUAAAUCCAGCACAAUCUCUGGAGGAAGCAGCACAGGUGUCAACAUUGGAUUCAGCACAACCUCUGGUAGAACAAGUAUAGCCUCCAACACUGCGUCUAGUGUGACCUCUAAUGGAACCAGUACAGCCUUCAGCACUGGAUCCAGCACAACCUCUGGAGGGAUUGGCAUAGCUGCCAAUCCUAGUUCCAGCACAACAUCUGGUGGUACCAGUACAGCCUCCAACAUUGAAUCCAGUGUGAUCUCCAGUGUGUUCAGCACAACCUCCAAUACUGAAUCUAGUACAAUCUACAGUGACACACCUGUUAACACUGGAUCUAGCACAACCUCUGACAAGACUGGUACAGCUGCCAAAACUGGAGCCAGCGUGACCUCCAGUGAGUCCAGCACAACCACCAGUACUCGAUCCAGCAUAACUUCCAGAGGGAGUAGCACACCUGUGAUCACUAGAUCCAAUGAAGCCUCAGGUGAGACCAGUAUAGCUUCCAGCACUAGACCCAGUAUGACUUCUGGUGGGACCAGCAUGCCUGCCAAUAGUGGGUCUAGUACAACCUCCAAUGGGACCAGCACAGCUGCCAACCCUGGAUCCAGUGUGACCUCUAGCAGGACCAGCGUAGCUUCCAACACUGGAUCUAGUGUGACCUCCAGUGAGACCAGUACAGCCUCCAACACUGGAUUCAACAUGACCUCCAGUGGGGCCUGGACAGUUGCCAACACUGGAUCCAGUGUGACCUCCAGAGGGACCAGUGUACCCUCUGACAUUGGAUCUAAUGUGACUUCCAGUGGGACCAGCACAGCUGCCAACAUUGCAUCAGGUGCAACCACAGGAGCCUCUGGCACAUUUUCUCCAACUGGAACACACACAACUUCCGAUAAGAUUGGCACAAGUGCUACUACUCCAGUGAAUGAAGAGACACCCAGUGGGUCCCUGAAACCAUGGGAAAUAUUCCUCAUUACUUUGGUCUCAGUUGUAGUGGCUGUGGGAUUCUUUGCUGGGCUCUUCUUCUGUGUGAGAAAUUCCCUAUCCCUGAGAAACGUCUUUGACACAGCUGUCUACUGCCCUCAUGGCCCCAACCUUGGCUCAAGUCCUGGAGGGAAUCACGGAGUCCACCACAGGCCUAGUUGGAGCCCUAACUGGUUCUGGAGGAGACCAGUAUCCUCAAUAGCCAUGGAGAUGAGUAGGGGAUACAAUAGGCCCUGAAGUUAGAGUGCCCCUUUCUCCAAGGUGGAAGAUGACCUGGGAGACCAGAGACCAGAGUCCUUUCAUUUAUCCCCAGAAGUCCCCUCUCAGCUUUGUUUGGGUCUCUGACAGCCUUGGCGAAGACACUCCCUAGCUCUUGCUUUUACCAGACUUUGGAAAGAGGAGACUCUAUUGGUCAUUUAGCUAAAAAAUAAACACAUCCAAAAUAUGUAACAGAA